CGUCCCCGUUCAGCGUCGCCGCCGUCCCCUUGCCCUAGCCAUCACCUCCCCUCCUCCUCUCCAGCUCCCGAGAUCGCCGCCGCUGAGCGUCGCCGCCGGGUCAGCGCCGUCUACUCCUCCUCGCCAUCGAACUCACCCCUCGUCAUCAGCCACGCCUCCGAUGGCAUUUGAGCUCAGCCCUCAGGUUCAUCGCCGCCUCCGGAGCUCGACCAAGCCCUCGACGUCUGCCCUCAUGGCUUCGAACAAAUUGAAAGAGUCGACGUCUUCGAAUUCUUCAAAAUCAAAGCCUACCUCUUCUAAAUGCAAUAAUCCUCCAACUUCGUAAGUAAUUUGCCAUGAUAUAUUUAAUUUUUAACUCUUUCUGAAUUAUAAUUUUUGUUGUAAGCCAUGAUGUAUAAUGUUUGUGUUAAUAAACUUGUUAAUAUGCGUCUUAAUUUGCCCAAAUAUAUUUAAUUUUUAACUCUUUCUGAAUUAUAAUUUUCUUGUAGGGCUAAGAUAACACACUUGAGAAUUCCGGCCAAUUUGUGUUAUUUUCGAGAUUUAAUUGAUAAGCGAAUAAAAUUAGAUGAAAGACACCUAAAAGCCCUACAGACGACACCUUUUCACAGCUUUCUCAAUAUACCCACAUCCUUGAGCAAUGAGCAAAUAGCAAUUGAUUGCUUGAUUCAAAAUUUUAAUCCUGAUAAAUGCUCAUUCAUGAUUGGGAAUAAAAAUUGUGUGUUCGGUAUAGAUGAUAUUCACCGAAUUACCGGAUUGCCAAAGGAGGGAAUUCCGAUAAAAAUGAGUGGGGCAGCGGCUAAUACAAUCUACACCUAUUUUGUAAAGAAUUAUAAGAAAGCCGAUGAGGAAAAGAAGGCGGUGAUUUCGGGGAAGCGCGAUAGAAUGGCCGAGAUGAUUGUAGAUAUGAUUAAUGAAGACCCUAUAAUAUGUGUGAAACUUAUUGUGGCUUUCAUUAUCGGCUUCAUAUUAUGCCCGCGGACAUGUAAGACAUGUCCCUUGUGGGCGUUUAGAUAUGCGGAGCAGUUAUCAACUUUGCAUAAAUAUAAUUGGUGCCAUGCGGUGUUCACUCUUCUUUGCAAAGAGAUGAGUAAAUCAAAGAAGUCUCUUAGUAUGCGGGAAUUAGGUCAGCGCUCAAAUGCCGGGUACAUGGGUGGUUUUUCCUCCGUUUUACUGGUUUGGUUUUAUGAAAAAGUAGGGGAAUUAGAGUACACUUCAGAUAUUGAAAGGUUACCGCCGCUCUUUUGUGUGAAGAGUACUGGAAAGUGGAGGAGGACUACUAUGAACAAAUUAUAUAGAGUCCCGAAGUUGGUUACGGAUAAUGGCCAAGAGAAUACUCCUCUUAUUCAUACGGCAUCGCCAAUAGUAUUUGAAUCAAGGAAAGCUGAAUUAAUUUUCUUAAUUGCGGAGAAGACGUACGAGUUGAAUGAGCUCACUACAGAAUUACGAGAAUUAGAAGAGCGUAGUGCUAGAUGCCAAAAAAAACCAAGGAGAAAGAGGAUGACGGAAAUGUAACUGAAGAAAAAAAAUCAAAGAGGAUAUGGAAGCUAAGGAAUAUGAGAAUUUGGAAGGAACUGGGGAAGCCGAUUUAUGUGAUGACUUUGUGAUGAGCGCAAGAGACGUGAGAAUUUUAGAAGAUGCUCGAGAUGUUUCUCAAAAAGAUGAAGGUGGUAAUGAGAAUAACAGAGAAACGCCAUCUAUCAAACGGGCUGUCGGAAAGAGGGAGAGGAAGGAUGGACCCUCUGUUACUUCACCUUAUAUGCCUCUAGAUCAACCAAAGGAAGGCACAAAGAAGAGACGUGUCAUCCAGAUAUUGGAUAGUCCUGAUGGGAAAAAAAAGUACAAAAAUGAAGAAGGCUUCAUACCUACAUCUAGAGACUAUCCAGGUAAGGCACUGGCGUUUGAUUAUGAGAACAAAUUAAUUGAAGACUUUCUACAAUCGAGAAUGAACAGUGAUACGUACAUUUGGAAGUGUGCCGAAGCAAGCGUAUCUCGCUUAGAUGCUUAUAUACUAUUAACGGGAGGUGAACUCAGUGACGAUGUGAUCGAUGCAUUUGUUAUUCGGCUUUGUAACAAGAUUGAAACAACUGAUAGUUAUGAUCGAAAGAUACAUGUCACAAGACCUUGGCUUGCACAAGCAUUUCUAGAAGGAAAUCUUGAAAUGGUGGCAAAACGAAUGAAGGAAAAUGUUUCUCAGCAGAAGUUCUUGGAGUGUGAAAGAAUUCUGAUCCCGAUUGUCAGCUCCGGACAUUGGCACCUGGUAGAGUUAGUGAGAGAGGAGACAAAAUUCUAUCACUACUCCUCAAUCAACUCCCCCAUUUAUACCGCCGAUGCUGUGAAAUUUAUAAAUAAGUUUAUGAGUUUCAUUGAGAGUAAUUGGGGAUUGGGGAAAUUGGAGCAUCAUGGUCUUGUGUCAGUUGCCGUGCCACAACAAGGACCAACGUUAGAUUGCGGGAUCUUUAUGAUUGAAUUCAUUAACAGCAUUGUCGAAAAACGGUCGAUAACAAUUUCAAAAGGAGAUUGUGCAAAAUAUAGAGCAAGGUUUUGUGCUGCUCUUUUGUAUGCACGCGAUUCACCUUUUUUGUAAAUAUUAUUUUAAUUUUCUCCAAGGUUUUUGUUGUGUAUUCAAUGUUGUAAGUAUGUUCAUGUUGUUAAUA